CGAUAUUUAUCAUUCUCUGUCACAGCCUUCUACGAAGAAUUCGAUUCUCUCCUAUCUCGAGCGACGAAAAAAAACCCUACUGCGAUAUUCUCCGAUCGAUCUCUGGCGAGAAGAAAUAUCUUUAUCUCUGAGCUUUCUUUCACCAUUUCUCUGUCUCUAUCUCUCUGAUUUGGUAAAAUCACACUUCUAUAAGGCUGAAAUUUGGGGUUUUCUCAGUCUCGAUGUGGUCGUGCUCCGUUAGGAUUCUUCACAAUCAUUAGGCUUGUAUUUCUCUCAAAGUGAUGCUCAUUUUCUCUUCCCUGUCUAUGGCUUUAUCUGUGAUCCUUCAAAAGCUUAGUGUCUUCGGCCCUGGUUUGAAUCCUUCUUUCCCUUACUGCAUCGCCAAUCACUCUGUUGCCUCCCGUUAAUUGAGUUGCUCUCUUUCAACUGAAUUACAUAAGUCUGCUUCCUUUGCUGUCUAGUCUGGAUAUUCUUUCAAAUCCCUAACCAGAAGUAGUACCUUCUCUAGACAUUCUUGGCUUGAGUUCUUGAGUAAGUCUUGUUUGAUUAGUUUCUACCCGAGUCUCUUAGUCCUACACAGAUCCCGAUCCUACUUCGUCAAAGCUAUUUCUUGUUUAGCUGAAGCUCAGACCCAGAAUGCUCCAAGAACCCCCGGUUGCAUUCUCGCUCCGGCGUAACUCAUUUAGACGCCGAUCCCCCAGAUCAAAUGUUGAUGACAGAGGCUGGUCUCCACUCCACAUCAAAGCCCGAAAAGGCGAUCUGAAAUCCGUUACACAGCUUCUCGACCAAGGAAUGGAUGUGAACGCUCUAGCAUGGGGACCCAAAUCAAAAGGAGUGAGUGCCCUUCACCUUGCAGCAGAGGGAGGUCACAUAGAAGUCAUGGAUUUACUCCUCGAACGUGGGGCCAACAUCGAUGCCAGAACAUGGGGCUCGUGCGGGUGGACCCCUCUCCACGCUGCAGCCAAAGAGCGGAAGAGAGAAGCGGUGAAAUUUCUGGUGGAGAACGGUGCAUUCUUGGCAGAUGAUAUAACUGAUACAAGGUUUAAUCCGCCGGUGCAUUACUGUCACGGACUUGAAUGGGCGUACGAGGAAAUGAAGAAACUUAACAGCGAGUCUUCUUCAUCUGGUGGAGACACAUCUUCCAGUUCUGAGAACUGAACUUCUUCUUGUUUCUCCGUGUGUUUAGUUUUUCUCAAGUUGAGACACUUAUCAGAAACAUUAUCGUUGGUGUUUGAUCUUAUGGCUAUGUGAAACUUUGAAACUGCGGGUUUGUCAUAUAUUAAUGUAAUCUUCAGUGUGUUAUUUUGCAACUCUUA